AUGCCUGUCAAGGAAAAGGCGCCGCCAAUUAAAAGGGGAAGGGAACCGCAGAGAAAGAAGCAGAAAGGAAAAGAUAAAUCGAAAAAUGAAGGAGGCGCAGAUGAGGUCGUCGAAUUGGAUGUGAAAAAUCUACUUGAAAAGAGGAGUAGGCAAUCGUCCGAGGAAAAUGGAGGGAAACAGGAGGAGAAGGAAGAAAUAACUGCGUCCGUUAUCCAUGAAGGGAAGAAGGACUCGCCAUUCCCGGAAACAGAAGUGACUGUCUCUGAGAUGUCUUCGACUGGAGAAGGCCUUGCGCUCUCGCCCAGUGGCGACCAUGUCUACGUCGUCCCGUUUGCGCUUCCUGGAGAGACGGCUCGAGUCAAAGUAUAUAAGACGAUUAUACACAAGUCGUAUAGUUUGACAGACCUUAUCGAAAUUGUGAAGCCAUCCCCUCAGCGUGACGACUCCCUUAUAAAGUGCCAGUAUUUCGGGAAGUGUUCCGGAUGCCAGCUACAAAUGAUACCGUACGAGGACCAGUUGCAGCAUAAGAAACGAAUUAUAGAAAAGGCAUAUGCCAACUUCUCAGGGAUACUGCCAGAACUCAUACCUGCAAUUGGAGAUACGAUGGGCUCACCUAUGCAAUAUGGAUACCGAACCAAGUUAACUCCCCACUUCACCCAACCCGCUCGCAACCGGAAACUAGAACAUGGAGACGGGCCACCUGAAAUCCCCCCAAUCGGGUUUAUGAUCAAGGGACGCCGGAAGGUUAUGGAUAUCGAAGAUUGCCCGCUAGGAACAGAUAUUGUCAGGAGCGGGUUAAAGAAUGAGCGGAAACGGGUUGCAGCGAACCUACACGAAUACAAAUACGGCGGCACGCUUUUGAUUCGGGAAAGUACGAAGAGGAUAGAGAAGAACGAGAAGAACGAGGCUUUACCGUCGGAUGAUAAAGUCAUACGAAAGACGUUCCCUGAUUAUGUGGAGGAAAAGACAUACAUCACGGAUCAAAACGGCAUCUCAGUUGAAUAUGUUGACAAUUACCAGUUUCACAAUGUUGCCGGAACCUUCUUUCAAAAUAACAACUCGAUUCUGCAGGCCUUUACAGGAUACGUUCGAAACAAUGCCUUGCACCCUGAGCCUAAAUCAGAUGUGAGCAAAACAGGGCUGGAAACACCUGAAGUGUCAAACCCCAAACUAAAAUAUCUCCUUGAUGCAUACUGUGGUUCGGGGCUGUUUACGAUCGUUCUAUCAGACAUAUUCCGCUCCUCCCUUGGCAUCGACGUCGCCGUGUCUAGCAUUAAAUGUGCGCGCGAAAAUGCUAAGCUCAGCAGAGUGCCCAACACCGGCUUCGCUGCUGCGGAUGCUGCAGAUUUAUUCAAGGAGAUUCCCUACCCAGCCGACCAGACGCUACUUGUCAUAGACCCGCCGCGAAAGGGGUGCGAUACAAAUUUUUUGAAUCAACUACUUGCAUUUAAGCCGACCAGAGUAUUAUAUGUUAGCUGCAAUGUUCAUACGCAAGCUCGAGAUGUUGGGGUUUUGGUGGAGGGUAAGAACGGAGUCCGGUAUGAUAUUGAGAGUAUCAGAGGGUUUGAUUUCUUUCCGCAGACGAGCCACGUAGAGAGUGUGGCUGUUUUAACAAAGGUUGUCGAGAGCAAGGCCGAGUGA